AUGGCCGCCCCCGUUAGUACAGUGUUUGCACGUCAACCUGCUACAGAACAGCAAGCUCUUCGCCCAGAACUCCACAUCCGCCGAUACGGUCGAAAAGACUAUGAACGUUUUGACCAAGACGCUGCUCGUGGAUCUUAUCUCUGUGUGGGAAACGGCGCAAUUGGCAAAGUCCAAAUCGAGUGCAAAUAUCACUGGAAAAGGGCCCAAUGGGGCGUCCUCGGUUCUACCAGGAACCCUGCCGGUAUCGUCUACCUCGACAUCUCAAUUAAGCAGCCGCCGGGGCACACUUUGCGCGACGCCAGAGUUCUCGUCACUCUGGCUGAGCAAGACGCUUUUGGAGCUGAGUAUGGGGGAAGACCGUGUCAGAAGCACGUUCGAACGUCGCUUAACUCGGAUUACGCGGUUCAGGUAACAGAACAGUUUGGACCUCAGUCUCUCAUAGGCCCUCAAAUGGUCACAUCAGAGCUGAAGCAAAGAUCUUUUGAGCCCACACUCGGGGUGGGAGGUCUCUUUGAAAUAGGAGGAGUGGGAACUCGUCGCAGCGUUGCCAGACGAAUCAUCGACAGCUGGACCUUCAAGGGAAUGGUAAAGAGGGCCAAACAUGGAGAAGGGUUCAGGUCCCUGGAAUGGGAGCUCAAAGAAAACGAGACGGAUUGCAAUCCGUUCCGACGGCACAUCUUUCAUACUGGCUUCGCAUUCGAGCACAGUGGUCGGCCGGUCACCAUGUGCGUUGAAGUCGAGGGGCGUCUCAAGAGCAAGAUCCGCCAGGGGAAAUACAAGUUUUCGAGAUUUUGCUCAAAGUCGAGCGACACCGAUAAUUCGACGACAACUCGGAUCGACUUAUCCUCAGCGAAGUCUGUCUUCAAGAAGCAGCUCGACGGCAUCGCAUGCGGUCUAAACAUGGCCAUGCAGAAGGAGAAUUACGAAACCGUCCCAAUUGAGAUGCCAGCACCCAUGUCGGCAACAUUUGAGCAGAUGUCUCAACCGACCGAUAUACCUAGCCAAGAAUUCGAUGUAGUGAAAGAUGCGGCGGUGGAUAUCUUGAACCAAUAUUCCCACCAGCAGCUUACCUCGGUGGGGAUGAGUCGCCAACGAUCGCCAGCAGAGAGCGGGAGCGUGUUUUCCAGCGACGAUACCCUCGUCAACGACAGCAGUGACCAAAACUCCGUGGAUACACUUGGCCAGUCAGUUGGUUUGGGUACUUCUCAGAAAUCUUUGAAGGCGUCGGAAGUUGUAGCACUGGCCCUGUUCAAGUGGCUCUUCAUGUUGUUGAAACUCGUGGGUUCAAAUCAGUAUUCGCAGCUGGCGGCCAUGCCAAUAUCCAACAAAGGAACGGAAACGCCACAGAAAUACAAAGGCGGCUCUCACAGUCGCCAGGAAUGGGAUGUCGAGGUUGAGGAACCAUUAGCAAAAGUCCAAGCCAAGCCCCGGCCACCACGUGCGGCGUUUGUGACCGAUGAGCUCCCUUAG